GAUAGACUCGCCGCAUAUGGUCAUACCCCAUUCAAUGUUUGGCGACAUCCCCCCCCCCGACAUGAAAAUUUCCGGGGCUACGUAAGAUUCUCGCCAAGCAUGCAACGGUUCGAUUAAAGAAGGUAAACGAUGCGGCACAGCGGGGGGUAUAACGCGGGGUCUGACCUCAGUAAGCACUAAGCAUGGCGUGUUUGUCGCGAGAUCGUAUGUGGUGUUUUACUGCUGUGUUUUUCCUUUAAAAGUUUUCAUUACCUUUUUCACUUUGUGCAAUUAGAGAAAGACAAUCGCCUGGCUGUGUGGUUGUCUCAUCUCAUCGCUGCUUUCUUCUAUCAGGGAGUCUAUUUGUACGGCCUCCCUCACAUUCGUUCUUCUGUUGUGCCAAAUCACUCGCUUUGCAAUCAACUCUCGUUGUUGUUGGAUCUCUCGCGACCAGCUUUUGUACUUCAUCACAGAAUGGCUUCGUCUUAUGCGUCCGCGUUCGCAAGUGUCCUUCUCCUCCUUGGCAGACUCCCUGGCUCAGCCGCCGAAUUCAAGACCAGCUCUCGCGAUGAGAUUGUCGCAUCUUCCAACAAGCUCGCCAAGGACUUAUUUACCGUCUACGAGGGCGACAAGCCUGGCAAAAUCCCCGGCAUUCUUCCGGGGCCUCCCACCCCGAGCUCGGGCGGCUACUACUGGUACCACGGCGCCAGCUUCUUCCAGACCUACGUCGACUACCAGCACCUGACCGGCGACGACUCCUUCCAAGACAGCAUUGUAAAGGCGUUAGCCUUCCAACUAGGCCCCGAUGCCAACUACAUGCCGCCUAACUGGACUGCGUCGAUGGGGAACGACGACCAGUGUUUCUGGGGUACGGCUGCGCUGCAGGCUGCGGAGUACCAAUUGCCGAACGCGGAUGGCAAGCCCUCAUGGAUUGAGGUGGCCAAGAACGUUUGGGCGAAUCAGGCUUCGCCGGACCGAUACGACGAGACCUGCAGGGGCGGGCUGCGUUGGCAGAUUAUGAUGUCGAAUGCUGGGUAUAACUACAAGAAUACCAUGUCAAACGCGUGUUUCCUCAACAUGGGCGCCCGUCUCGCGAGGUAUACUGGCAACACGACCUAUGCUGAGCACGCUGUGAAGGCAUGGGACUGGCUCGAAAGCGUUGGCUUCAUUGACACCAAAACUUGGGAGGUGUACGACGGAGCUAAUGUGGACGACAACUGUACCAGCCCUGCGAAGUACCAGUGGUCUCAGAACGCGGCUAUUCUCACAGAGGGUGCCGCGUUCAUGUACAACUUCACGAAUGGCUCCAGUGUUUGGCGUGACCGCGCCGAAAAGCUUGCCGAGGCCAGCAUCAAGACAUUCUUCCCUCAGGGCAUCGCCUAUGAAGCCGCCUGCGAAGGAAUCAAGGGCAGCUGCCCGACCGACGCCAUGUUCAUGAAGGGUUAUGUCCAUCGAUGGCUCUCUGUCGCCACCCAGGUGGCCCCUUACCUCUCAGAAGAGGUACUUACCGUAUUGAGGUCAUCAGCCCUGGCUGCGGCGAAGCAGUGUCAGGACAACGCCAGGGGCACGACGACCUGUGGUUUCUACUGGAGCGACGUCGAGUUAACCGACCCGCAGACAGUGGAUAAUAGAACGGGCGCCAUCACUGGCGUCGGUGAAGGAACGAGCGUGCUGGGUGCGAUCUCGGGUCUGCUCAUCGGCGACGCCAAGGCGCCCGUGACUAACUGGAUGAGGGCAGCGGCGGCGCUUCCAUGCCUGAACCCACUACUAGUACUGGAUCUGGAGGCACUCCCACUGGAGCGGCCGGCUCACCGUCGCCGACGGAGUCGGAUUCACUGGCUGGGCACUUUGGCUCCGACGUUCGUGCGUUGUUGUUGCCGGCUGUGCUGGGAGCUUGUCUCUUAACUCUUUAAACUGAGACUUCAUGACAUUACGGUCGAAAAGUCAUGAUACGUCGACAUAAUCAUUUAACGGCCAAUAAUGAAGAAUAUGAUGCUCAUGGAAAUGGCGGAAAACUAAUGAGCGUUGUCCAUAGCUGUAGUCAAAUGGUAUUCAAGUGCUUUCAUCAGCCCC